AAGAUGCAGCGGCGGCUCCGGGUGUUGCCGGGCGGUUUGGGGACAGAGCGGCCGGGAGCCGGGCAGGGGGUGCCCGCCGCGGCGCCCACGCUCUCCUAGUGCCCCAGACCUGCCAAGCGGGUCCAAGCCUUCUCUCCCGCCGUCCCGCUCGCCGUCCCCACCCCAGCGCCCUUUGUGCCGUUGCUGCCCCGCGACCCCGGCUCCGCGAGACCCGGGCCGGGUGGAACCGCGGCGGUGCGACAGGCCCCGGGUGGGCGCCCGGCGCUUGGCCGAUGGCGAGGGAGCGCAGCGCGGGUAGGGGCGCUGCAGCUGGAGUCCGCGUCGCGGGAGGCUCGGCCCGCCUCCGCCGCAUUGUCCCGGGCCCCGCGCCCCGGCCCUAAGCUGCGCCGCCGCAGCGCCCGCCCACCGCCGCCCGCGGGGCCAUGCGGAGAGCGGCCGGGAUGGAGGACUUCUCCGCAGAGGAAGAGGAGCCCUGGUACGACCAGCAGGACCUGGAGCAGGACUUGCACCUGGCCGCGGAGCUGGGGAAGACCCUGCUGGAGAGGAACAAGGAGCUGGAGGAGUCCCUGCAGCAGAUGUACUCCACCAAUGAGGAGCAAGUGCAGGAGAUCGAGUACCUGACCAAGCAGCUUGACACACUGCGGCAGGUGAAUGAGCAGCAUGCAAAAGUGUACGAGCAGCUGGAUCUGACCGCCCGAGACCUAGAACUGACCAACCAGAGGCUGGUGCUGGAGAGUAAGGCUUCCCAGCAGAAGAUCCAUGGGCUGACAGAGACCAUUGAGCGCCUUCAGGCUCAGGUAGAGGUGCUUCAAGCCCAGGUGGAGCAGCUGCGGGGCCUGGAGCAGCUGCGGGUGCGCCGGGAGAAGCGGGAGCGUAGGCGGACCAUCCACACCUUCCCCUGCCUCAAGGAACUGUGCACCAGCCCCCGGUGUGAGGAUGCCUUCCGCCUGCAUAGUUCCUCGCUGGAGCUGGGCCCUCGGCCCCUGGAGCAGGAGAACGAGCGACUGCAGACCUUGGUGGGGGUGCUGCGUUCCCAGGUGAGCCAGGAGCGGCAGCGCAAGGAGCGGGCGGAGCGCGAGUACACGGCGGUGCUGCAGGAGUACACGGAGCUGGAGCGACAGCUGUGCGACAUGGAAGGCUGCCGCCUGCGCGUGCAGGAGCUGGAGGCCGAGCUGCUGGAGCUGCAGCAGAUGAAGCAAGCCAAGACCUACCUGCUGGGCCGGGACGACCACCUGGCUGAGGCCCUGCUGGCACCCCUUGCCCAGGCUCCUGAGGCUGAUGACCCGCAACCGGGCAGUGGGGGAGACUCUGGUGCCCAAGACGAUGUCUCCUCGCCUGCUACCUCCCCGAGCCACGCAGUGCGCAAGAGCUGCAGUGACACUGCGCUCAACGCCAUUGUGGCCAAAGACCCAGCCAGCCGGCACGCGGGCAACCUCACGCUGCACGCCAACAGCGUGCGCCGGCGGGGUAUGUCCAUCCUGCGCGAGGUGGACGAGCAGUACCACGCGCUGCUGGAGAAGUACGAGGAGCUGCUAAGCAAGUGCCGGCAGCACGGGGCCGGGGUGCGGCACGCGGGCGUGCAGACCUCUCGGCCCAUCUCCCGGGACAGCUCGUGGAGGGACCUGCGGGGGGGCGAGGAGGGCCUGGGGGAGGCCAAGGCUGGAGAGAAGAGCCUGAGCCAGCACGUGGAGGCCGUGGACAAGCGGCUAGAGCAGAGCCAGCCCGAAUACAAGGCCCUCUUCAAGGAGAUCUUUGCCAGGAUCCAGAAGACCAAGGCCGACAUCGAUGCCACCAAAGUCAAGACGCACAGCAGCAAGUGAUCCUUUCCAGGCCUGCAGCCUCCUCUGGGCUGCGAGCUGUGGGAUUCCUCGUGCUUGGACCGCAGCCUCUGGCAAGCAAGAGAGCUCUUUAGCAGCAAUGGGACGUAGCAGGUGGCUGCUCUGGAGGAGUGUGAGGUCAGAUCCUUUCAUCUGGGGACACAGCAUAUUUGGGGCCGAUGGAAUGGCUCACCUGUCCUGCCUCCCAGGAGCCCUUGACCACCCCGCUUCAGCCUGAAGGCACAGCUCGGUUUCAAAGCCAAACGCUCCCCACCCCACUCCCUCCAGGGACUUCUCAGCAGCCCCAGUCCUUGGCUUCCGGACCCUGGGCCUCAUUCUCAGAUGGUAGCCAGAUUUCUGGAGACCAUCCUGGCUUUUUUUUUUUUUUUUCCCAAAGUUGUUUUUCUGAGAGAUUUGCAAUGCGAGGUCAUCUUGACCCCUUGCCACACAACUGGAAACACUUGAAAGGGGAUCCCAGAGUCAGGUGUUGCUGGUUUCUGGGGUCUUCUAGACCAUCCACUGCUUCUCGCCAGCUGUGACAUGCUGUCAGUCCCUUAGCACCAGCCGUCUCACCCCCAGAGUCCUGAGCAGGUCACAAAUGGCCCCUGCCUUGCAAAGCAGGCAGCCUCAUCCAGAUCAGAGUGUCCCUGGCUCUAGCCCUGGCAAGGACUUUCAGUUCACCUCAGAUCUUUAGCCAAUCAGAAGAGGGGAAGAGGGAGCCCCUUGACGGCCAUACACAAGUGGUGCCCUGUUUCCUUCAGAGCCAACCUCCUGGAGUUCCAACCCCAAAAAUGCCUUCUAGGCAUGAAGGCCCUCCGGGGCCGGGAUGUGGGGAGCUCCCCAUGUCUGCACACCACUUCUGCCUCCCUUCUCUGCACCUGCCCCAUCUCAGGGACCAUGAUGUCUCAUUCACUCCAUGCUUCCCACAGGCCAGCCCUGGCACAGGUCACAUCUGCAGCUCCAAGAAUGUCCUAGGCAUGUCAUCCUAGUGCCCACCCCUGUUCCCCUU